AUGCCCAAGGAGAAGCGCGCCGCUCCCAAGAAGGCCACCCGCCGCAAGAAGGACCCCAACGCUCCCAAGCGUGGUCUGUCCGCUUACAUGUUCUUCGCCAAUGACACCCGUGACAAGGUGCGCGAGGAGAACCCUGGCAUCUCCUUCGGUCAGGUCGGCAAGAUGCUCGGUGACAAGUGGAAGGCUCUUAGCGACACUGAGCGCAAGCCUUUCGAGGAGAAGGCCGUCGCCGACAAGAAGCGCUAUGAGGAAGAGAAGGCCGCCUACCAGGCUCGAGACGAGGAGGAGGAGGAGUCCUCUUAA